GCAGGUUCAAUAUCGGGGAUGGGUCUAUCGAUGGAAUCAAGAUGGCGACUCUGGCAAAAGCGCCAAUAUAUUUACUGAAGUAGAUGUCUAAAAUUAACCGCGUAGGCCGGUUUUCUCCAGCCCCUCGGGGGUUUGUGAAAAAUGAAGACUGGAAACAUGCUCAGGAAGAGGAAUUGACCGGGUUUAAUACCGAAACUUAGUCAGCGAGAUGUGCGAGAGCUAUGCCCGCUCGCUGCUGCGUGUGUCGGUGGCGCAGAUCUGCCAGGCUCUGGGCUGGGAUGCCGUUCAGCUCACUGCCUGCGAUCUGCUGUCCGAUGUGUUGCAGCGAUAUAUCCUGCAGAUGGCCAGGGUCUGCCACCGGUACACCGAGCUCUAUGGAAGAACAGAUCCUGUCCUGGAUGAUGUCAGCCAGGCCUUCAAGCUGCUGGGUGUGAGUCUGAGUGAACUGGAGGACUAUGUGCACAACCUGGAGCCCGUGACAUUUGCCCAUCAGACACCACUCUUUCCUGUUAGCAAAAACAAUGUCCUGCAGUUUCCCCAGCCUGGAGCCCGAGAUGCAGAGGAAAGGAAGGACUACAUUCCACAUCACAUGCCACCCCUGGUCUCCUUACAAGAAGAAGAAGAGGAGGAGGAGGUCCUUGCUGACAUGGGCACUUCAGCUGAAGCAAUGCAGGUGGAACUGGAAGAGGAUGAGGAGGAGAUUGAAGAUGACGAGGCAGUCAAUGAUGAGAACAAUCCACUGAAAAGGCACCUAGACAGUCCCGAUGCAGCUAUUGGCAUGAUGCCGACUUCUAAGAGACCACGCAUGUACCCUGGCCUCAGCCCAGAAUGGGGGGUUGAGCCCCGGGAGCCCCUCACUUCUCUCAACCCACAACGUGUUCCCCCAGGCAUACUGCCUUCUCAUGAUAGCCUCGACCCCCUGUCGCCUGAGUCUCCCCCUGGAGCCCUGCCUUCCUUCAGACCUCAGCUGGCAGUACCAAAACACCCUGAGCAAAAGGGCCUCACCACUCCUGGAAGGAAGCCUAAAGUCUCAUCUCCUGGCAGACAAAGGACUAAGUCCCCUAAAGGGGUCAUUCCUGUUCCGGUGGGUGGCAGUCCCAUCCAUUCUCCAAAUCCAUCUAAGGAAAGGAAGAAAUCACCUGGCAGAACUAAGAGUCCUAAAAGCCCCAAGAGCCCAAAGAUGGUUUCAGUCAAAGCAUCUCAACCGCCAAGCAAGACAGAGAGUAUGCACAAGCUACCGCUGUCUGCGAUCAGUGAGAGGAUGGGCAAAGAGAACAUCCAUAUGCGUCAAAAUAUAGAGGACAGGGCAUUAGCUGAAGGUGCUUUCAAGAAACUAGAGCCUGAUAACACAGCUAUAGAUGACUCAAUUGAUGCUGUGAUAGCCAGAGCUUGUGCAGAGCGGGAGCCCGAUCCUUUUGCUUUCUCAUCAGGUUCUGAUUCAGAUAGCAAUGGUCUCUCCAGCCCCAGGAGGCUGACCAUCAUGGAGCCAUCUACACCUAAAAACCAGAGUGGGGCCAGCAACUCUAUGAAAGACACAUCAACACCUCUUCAUCUACAGGCACACAUAGGCCAAGGAAACUGGACUAUGGACGAUUCAAUAAAUGAGGUUAUCCGAAAGGUCAACCAGGGGGGUCCGUCUGCACCCCCACCAAGCCAAGGAGUAUUUGUAUCAUCAGGAUCAGCCUCACCACCUACACCAGAACCUUUGCUCAAGGUGUUUGAGGAGAAGAAUAAGAUUGUGUCAUCAGUAGAGGUCAAGAAAAAGCUGAAGAAGGAGCUUAAAACUAAAAUGAAGAAGAAAGAUAAAGACAAGCAGAAAGACAAAGAUCGUGAAAAGGACAAGGGCAAGGUAAAAGAGAAGAAUAAAGAUAAGAACAAGGAUAAAAACAAGGAGUUUUCCAAAGAUAUCAAGAUGCCCUGGAAGGAUUUUGGAAUCAAGGAUGAUGAGCACUUUGUUCAGAGAGACCUGAAUCUGCCUGAGGGGUCCAUCAAGAUAAAGUCCAGAGAUGGAGAUGUCCCUAAAAAAGAGAAGGAAAAGCACAAAGACAAAAAGAAGGACAAAGAAAAAAAUAAAAAGGACAAAGAUAAGAAGGAGAAGAAUAAAGACAGAAACAAGGACGACAGGCAGAAACAGUCUGCGCUAGCUCCCUUUGCUCUGGGUGAAGUCCUACCACUGUUUAGCCCGUCAGCUUGCCUUCGCAUGCCCGCUAUACUUCCUCCUCUGCCUCCAAUGCUCCAGGAUAAAGACGUGAAAAGCAAAGAGAAGGAAAAGAAGAAAGACAAGAAGGAGAAGAAGAAAAAGAAAGAUAAGGAGAAGGACAAGGAGCGGGAAAAGGCCAAAGAAAAGGAGAGGGAGAAAGAAGAGAAGAGGAAAGAAAAGGAGAGGGAAAAGGAGAAACGGGAAAAGGAGAAGGAAAAAGAGAGAAUUAGAUUGGAGAAGGUAAAAGAUGAAACUCCAGCUGUUUUACCAUCUCCAGUCAUCCCCCGACUGACACUCAGAGUGGGAGCAGGCCAAGACAAAAUUGUUAUCAGCAAGGUGGUUCCGAAUUCAGAGUCAAAGACACCAGCGCCAAAGACCCCUGCUGCCAAGUCUGGACCUGGGAAUCGCCCUCGGACACCUCCACCUCCUCCCAUGCUCACACCAAUUGUACCCAUUCUGCCUCCACCUGCGUCUCCACUUCCAGUAGCUCCGGCUCCGGUGUCAUUGCUCUCGCUGGGCCCCAUGUCUUCUCCUGCCACUUCCGUCAAACCACCAGUCCGCAGCGUAGUUACUGAAACUGUGAGUGCCUACGUGAUUCGAGACGAAUGGGGAAACAAGAUCUGGAUUUGUCCUGGAUGCAACAAACCUGAUGAUGGCAGUCCCAUGAUAGGAUGUGAUGAUUGUGAUGAUUGGUAUCAUUGGCCCUGUGUUGGAAUCCACGCAGCGCCACCCGAGGACCAGUCGUGGUUCUGCGUUAAAUGUUCCAGCAAGAAGAAGGACAAAAAACACAAGAAAAAGAAACACAAACCACACUGAGACUAUGCAAAAAAAGCACACAUUUUGGACUUUUUUUCCAGACUGAAAGCCAUCACUGAACAUUUGUGGCACUGCUGUAAAAUUAAAAAGAAAGAAAUUUUUGGCUGAUACUAACUUGUAAUGAUUUUUUUAACGAUGUCAGCCGUGAUGCAUUGUGAUUUACUAAGAAGAAAUGGCUUCAACCAGCACAUAAUUCAGCCUUUGUCCUCAUAUGAGCUCUGGUUUCCCCUCUGGUGCACCAGUAAAUUGUUUGCUUGUCCAGUUGUAGAUCACAACACUUGUGUUUGUAUGAGGAGACUUGUCAGUUUGUGUGAGCUGAGGGCUAAAACAGAGCAGGACUGGAGAACAGCUCACAUAUGUUGUCUACAUUUCUUUCCUUCAUGUUGCUUCAAAGGAAUGACCACCAUGUCGAACUUUCCCACGGUUUUCUGCAGUAUCAUUGUACAUAGUGAUGAUGGCACCAGACGUGUGUGUAUGUGUGUGUGUAUAAAAGUGUAAAUACCAACAUCCAAGCCAAGUGCAUUUUGUCCUUAGGAUUCUGAAUUGUUAAAUCCAUUUUCAGAUAUUGGUUUUUAACUCAAAUCAUUUUCUGUACAUUUUUUAAAUUUAAAGUUUGUAUUUUUAUUUUUUUCUUCAUAUGGAUUUGUCCCCCGGAAUUAUAAUGUAGCCAUGCUUGUAAUGUAACUAAUUUCGCUGAUACUUCAAUAUUAAAGAUGAAUAGUCUGUGUACUCGCAGACUUUAAGACCUAAA